UGAUAUCAGGCGCAUGAAAAUAUAAGCGACAUCCCUUCUAUGGCGGCUUUAAGCUCCGCCCACACCGUCCCGUCUCUUGACUUUUCUAUCUCUACGUUACAACCGCCACUCCCGUCAUGCCUCGCGAAACGGCGGGAGAAAGGAGCGUCGGGUGCCGAGGAGCGUCGCUCCCGUUACCAUGGCAGCAGGGCCGCCUCCCCCGGCGGCGCGAGUUCCCCGCCAGAGGAGCGCAUGCGCGGUCCGUCGGCUGACGGGGUGUGUGUGUUGUGAGUGAGCCGCGCAGGCGAAGUUCUCCCCCUGGUCCCCCUUCUCUGUAUCUGUUUGCUGCGCAGCUGAGACAAGGGCAUGUGGAGGCUGCCUGGCUCUUGUCAGCAGCCGAGCUCUUUAGGGACCCACAACCCUGCAAGAUGUCAGGGCGGUUCAGGAUCAGAGCACCUGUCUGUUAACCAGAAGUUACUUGAACUGCAAGUAGAAAGUCUUCAGGCACUGUCGGGAGAAUGUCACGGAAAAGCUCCAGAGAAUCCAAAAAAGUUAAUGUUUCCAGCUCCUUGGAAUUGGAAGAUAUAAGCUUGGAGACUACAGUACCCACUGAUGACAUUUCUUCCUCAGAAGAUCGGGAAGGUCCUGUCAAAAUUACUAGACAGCUGAUUGAGAGGAAGGAACUGCUUCAUAAUGUGCAGUUGCUGAAAAUAGAACUUUCCCAGAAGAACUUGAUGUUAGACAACUUGAAGGUGGAAUACCUGACUAAAAUUGAAGAACUGGAAGAAAAACUUAAUGAUGCUCUCCAUGAGAAACAGCUGCUAUCUUUACGACUAGAUAACCAGUUGGCCUUACAGCAAGAAGAUGCUCGAAAACAUCAAGAACUAAUGAAACAGGAAAUGGAAACCAUCUUGCUGCGCCAGAAGCAGCUAGAAAAGAAUAACCAUCAGUUGAGAGAGCGGUCUGGAGAUAUUCGCCGCAGCUUGCGUGACCUUGAAUUGACUGAUGAGUGCUACACCAAACUCAAAUCUCUUCCAGAAGAUGAACUUUCAAUUCCUGAAUAUGUAUCUAUUAUAUUUUACGAAGCAGUACAUCCUUUAAAAAAGGAGCUAAAUGAACUACAGGUAAAGAAGGAUGCAGCAUCUGAAGAACUGAAUGAUUACAAAUCUCAGUUGAAACACUUGAUGGAGAACUAUGAAGCAGAGCGAAGAAAUCGGUCAGAACUAGAAGUCAGAUGUCAGCGUUUAACACUUGAACUAGCUGAUACAAAGCAAAUGAUUCAUCAAGGAGAUUAUAGACAAGAGAAUUACGAUAAAGUAAAAGGUGAGCGUGAUGCAUUUGAACAUGAUCUUUCAGAGCUUCGAAGAAAAUAUGAAAUAUUGGAAGUAUCACACAAAGCACUAACCAAAGAAAGAAAUGAUUUAUCAAAAGAGGUUGCAGCUUUACAGCAGUCUGUUACCUUACUGCAAAAAGAUAAGGAUUACCUCAACCGUCAAAACAUGGAGCUUAAUGUUCGCUGUGCUCAUGAAGAAGAUCGUCUUGAAAGGCUUCAGGUUCAGCUAGAAGAUGCUAAGAAGGCCAGAGAAGAAAUUUACGAGAAAUAUGUCACAUCCAGAGACCAUUACAAAACAGAAUAUGAAAACAAACUGCAUAAUGAAUUGGAACAAAUAAGGCAGAAGACAUCUCAAGAAAUACAACAGCUUCGAACAGCUACAAAGGAAAUGUAUGAACGUGAAAACAGAAAUUUAAGAGAAGCCAGAGAUAAUGCUGUGACUGAAAGAGAGAGAGCUAUUGCAGCUGAAAGAGAUGCGUUAGGAAAACAUGAGCAGCUUUUAGAACAGUACAGACAACUGCAGAUCAGCACAGAAAGCAAAGUAGCCGAACUUUUCCAUCAGAAUAAACUGAAGUUGUUUGAAAGCGAACGUCUACAGCUGAUGCAAGAAGAAACCUCCAAGAACCUUUCACAGUGUCAGCUGGAAUGUGAAAAAUAUCAGCGAAAACUAGAGGUUUUAACCAAAGAAUUUUAUAAUCUUCAAGCACUGAGCGAGAAACGGAUUUCAGAACUUCAGGCACAAAACUCUGAGUACCAGGCAAGGCUUGACACGUAUGAAAAGCUGGAAAAAGAACUUGAUGAGAUAAUCAUGCAAAGUGCAGAACUUGAAAGUGAAGAAGAGGCAGAAAGAGUUCUGUUCUCCUAUGGAUAUGGUGCGAAUGUUCCCACAACAGCCAAAAGGCGGUUGAAGCAGAGUGUUCAUUUGGCAAGAAGAUUGCUGCAGCUAGAAAAGCAAAACACGUUGCUUGUAAAAGAUUUGGAGCAUCAGAAGGAACAAGUUGCCCAAAUUUCAGAAGAGCGGGACAGAGGUAAUUCGUUGCUGAACCAAGUACAACAGCCUUACAGGUAUCUCAUUGAGUCUGUACAACAGAGAGAUUCUCAGAUACUUUUACAGAAAGAACAGAUUGCACAGCUUGAGAAGGAUAUUAGUCUUUUAAAUAAAGAAAAGGCGGCUUUGCUGCGUGUCAAGAAUCAAAUGGCAGCAGAUUUAGAAAGACUUCUAAAUCACCGUGAGGAACUGGCUGUGAUGAAACAGAUGUUGAUUCGUCUUCAUGGUAAACCCCAAGGAGAUAGUUUGCCCCAGAAACAGAGUCAAAAUCUGCAUGCAAAAGCCGUAUCAAGUCCAGCAGUCAGUUUGCCUUUUGAACACGAGGAAGGAAAUGUCUUUGCACCCAAACCAACAUUAUUUACAAACGAAGCUCCACUGCAAUACUUGAAGAAGGUAAAGCAGAAAAAAGCAUCUUAGGUUAUUAUUUCAAGAAAUAAAUGUUGAUAAUUAUAAUCGUGUUUUAAAAACUUCUUAAUUACACACCUCUAUUUUCAUUCCCUUUAUUUCAAAUUUAAAGAGAACUUUUUGAAUCACUUUUGUGAAUUUCAAAAUUAAUAAACCAGCCCUUGUGCUGAAAGGUUGACUAUUAAAGGCAUUUGAAUUUGUUAA